AUGUUAGUUUUGGCAAUUCUGCCACGUCGCUUGUAUGCGAGGAGUUGCUGCAAUGCGGUUAAUAUCAUGUGUAGAUCCCAUACAUCAGUUGCUUGGUAUUCAACCGGAAAGAAAGAGAAGAAAAGAACUUCGUCAAGAGACGCUCGUCGACGACACAGCAAAAGUAAAGAUGAAAGCAGUACCAGUAGCACUACAAAUAUCACUGCAUCAGCGGUGUCAGAAGAAGAAACUGCCAAUGUACCACGUAUGACAGUGGAUCGCCCGACAAUUGUUGCCAAACCGCGGCAACAAGGAGAAAAGAUAACUAUGGUUCUCCCAUCAUUACCGUCACCGUCACCGUCACCAUCAUUAUCAUUAUCAUCAUCAUCAUCAUCAUCAUCAUCAGUGCAUUGGUCGCCGACAGAACGAGAUUACGAAGCUCUCGUAGCAGAUCUUCUUCUUUACAGGUGUGAGUCGCUAGAGCCGGUGUUAGACGCCCUCAGAAAGGAGCGGGCAUUGUUUGAUGAGUCUAUUAGAAGGAUGGAGGAGCGUAUCGCUGACAUGUACCUUCUCCGAGAAGAGAUUCGGGAAAUGCUAAAAGAGGGUGCUGCAGAGCAACACCGAACGUUAACAAACGCACUUCAAUCAGUUAGUGAUUGUAAUAUAGAGAAGAAAGAGGGAAAAGUCGCAUCUCCUCAUGAUGCUUCUGAAGAGGAUGUAGACGUGGAGAUAUCUCUCUGA